AUGUCAGAUGCCAAGGAGUCUAAAAUUCCAAUGGACCCUGGAUAUCUAAAAAUGGGAAACACGACACCACGCAUCGACAACAAGACUUACCAAAAAAUCAUUGGGUCACUAUUAUAUAUCUGCGUUAACACUCGUCCGGACAUUUCAGCACCAGUAACGAUUUUGAGCCAACACAUAAAUGAUACAAGACAGCAGGAUUGGAACGAACUCCAACGUAUCCUCAGGUACUUAAAGUACACAUGCACCUAUGAACUAAGAUUAAGCAACUCAUCAACGGCCAAUAAGGAAUUAGUCGGGUACGCUGACGCUAAUUGGGCAGAGUCACGAGAAGAUAGAAAAUCUAACAGCGGCUACCUGUUUAAAAUCUUUGGUGGAACUGUGAGCUGGUGUUGCAAAAAGCAGGACUGCGUAUCAAUAUCUUCAACAGAGACGGAGAUAGUAGCUCUAGCAGAAACAUGCAAAGAAGCAGUUUGGUUGAGAGAAUUGUUGAAAUUCUUCAAACAAGAACAACUACAUCCUACCAUCAUUAAUGAGGACAACCAAAGUUGUAUAAAUAGUCAUAAACUAGCUGGCCUAACGAACCGCAAUAAACACAUUGAUGUCAAGCAUUAUUUUGCACGGGAUCUAGAACAAGAAAACGUCAUCAAAUUGAAAUACUGCCCCACCGAAUCAAACCAAGCAGAUAUUCUAACCAAACCAACUGGACCGGUGAGAUUGAAGACCAUGGUGGACCAAAUUGGUAUCAAGGCAGCGCCACAGUUUUAG